AUUAAUAUUUACAUGGCUACAGAAGCGAAGAAAGCAAAGAUAGAAGAUGCAGGAUCAGACAGCAGUGUGGAUGAACCUCUCCAGAACUUCUUACUCUGGUGUGACCAAGUGAAUCUGAUUCUCUCCAACAAGGUGUACUUAAGUAAAAAGGACACAGUUGCAGACUAUGGCAUGCUCGCUAAAGAGGACAUAGAAGAGGGUCACGUCCUAUUCUCCAUACCCAGAUCCGCUCUUCUGCAUCCAGAAACUUCCAAAAUCAAAAAAGUCCUUGUAGAAGGAAAGAGCUCUUUGGAGAGCACGUCUGGCUGGGUUCCUCUCCUUCUAGCGCUGAUGUAUGAGUACACUUCUCCAGAGUCGCAGUGGAAGCCUUAUCUUUCCCUCUGGCCUGAUUUUAGGGAAUUAGACCACCCCAUGUUCUGGUCCAAGGAGGAGCGAGAGAAGCUGUUGAAGGGAACAUCUAUUCCUGAAGCAGUGGAAACAGACCUGGCCAACAUUCAGAAGGAAUAUAACAAUAUAGUUUUGCCCUUCAUGCGCUCACACCCUGACUUGUGGGACCCAGAACGUCACUCGCUACAGCUCUACCAGAGUCUUGUAGCUUUCAUCAUGGCCUACAGCUUUCAGGAGCCAGUGGAGGAUGAGGAAGAGGAUGAAGAGCCGAACCCUCCUAUGAUGGUGCCAAUGGCAGACAUGCUCAACCAUGUGUCCAACCACAACGCCAAUUUAGAAUACACACCAGAGCGUCUAAAAAUGGUGGCAGUGCGGCCCAUCAGGAAGGGUGAGGAGAUCUUUAACACGUACGGUCAGAUGGCUAACUGGCAGCUACUACACAUGUACGGUUUCACUGAACCUUUUCCCACCAACUCCAACGAUACGGCAGAUAUGAACAUGGACAUUGUGUACAAAGCAGCUGUUCAAGGUGCACAGAGCGAGGCAGAGAAGCGCCUCCAAGAGAAGAAAUGGAAGAUUUUACAUGAUAUGGAGGUGGUGACAGAGAAAGGCGUCUUUGUUUUUGGCAAGAACGGUUCACUUACAGAUACAGAGCUGUACAUAACGCUCAAGGUCUUAUGCAUGAGUGAAAAAGAAUUUAAAGAGUACCAGGAGAAUGAAGGCUGGGAGGAAGACGAGGGUGAGGACGAUGAAUCUAAAGCGGCCCAGGCUCUGAGUUUUGAGGGAAUUCCAUAUCUGGCUCCAAAGUGGAAGCAGCUGCUAAACACUGCUGCAGGUCUCGUGCUAAAUCAGUACGCUGAGGACAUAAAAUCUGAUCUCAGGAUGGUCGAGAAUCAACAACUUUUGUCCAAACUCAGUGACCGAGAGAGAAGAGCACUGCACGUCCGACUCGGCCAGAAGAGCAUCAUUCAUCACCUUCAGCAGCUCACACACAUCAGUACAGCUUAGCAAUA